CACACACACACAGACACACACAGACACACCAUAUUGCUUAGCCAGCCAUAAUCGUGGCAAGGAUGAGAAGUAGUUUGAGAAACGAAACACUUGAAGCGGUCGGGAAUCAACGUAUCAAACCCUCAUCAACGCCGUCUCGCGAAACCAAUAAACGCACUAUUCAGCGCAGCGGACCUGUGUGAGAACACCCGCCUCAUUCCACCGGUGUUUCGUGACAGGGUCGGAAUGUUCUUGUGUGCACACUUUGCAGGCGGCGUCGAUUAACGGCAACGUUGAGGAGCAACAAUUCAUGGCAUCGGUCAUUCUGCGCGCCAUUAAAAACACACGAGGGACCUAGACAAAGGUGAUCUCACCUGGAAUACUUUCACAGCACAUAACGUUACACGCAAAUAAGUUGCACUGAAGGGGCAAAAAUUGAUGGUCUAAUCUGUAGUACGAACAUGGAAACGAGCGGGGUUGGUGAGAGAAAAUCCUGGGAAGAAAUGAGUGACUAUAACAGUUGUUUUGUUAUCAAAAAACGAGGCUGUCAUCAGUAGGGGAGCGCUGCAACAGUUUGUGGGAAUAAUUCCUCAGCCAUCAUCGUCGCUCAGGUUGAAUAAGAUGUGAGACUGCUGCUGUUUGUCGUGAGGAUCAGUGCAAUUCAGUUCAGAGACACGUCGCUUGACAACCGACCACUUCAUAACCGCCAACAGAUUUCAAGAUCAACCCUGCAAAAAACCAGAGGAAACAGCCAUGUCCACACCAUGGGACUUUAAAGCAUUUCUCCAAGAGCUCCAGCAAAUGGUUUCAAAUGUUUCAUCAUUUCAAUGAAAAGUGGGCUUAUCUUUAAAGCUAAUCUUCUGCGUGUAUCUUAAGAAACUGGAAAGAGACUGGCAGGUUUACACACGUCCUUCUUUAUUGUGAAGACAAUCAGCCUUGAAAACGUUGUACGUCUUUACUGCCAUUUACUUUUUUGCGUAUGUCUGUCACAACUUUAUUGAACACUCUUUAAUAGACGUCUAAAAUCUGCAUAGGUAGGGCAUAGUUUUGUUUUUAUUCAACAUGACAGACGGAUCAAUUCACACUUGAUUCCUAUUGUAAAUUUGCACACAGAAUUAUCUUGGUAAUUCUUCCCAUGCCGAAUGAGGAAAUGCACAUUCACAUUGGUUCAGUAAUGUAGAGGUUUAUAAGACCAGGAUGCUGAACGAAAACAAAAUGAUUCCUCAUCACACCACCCUCAAACCCUUACAGGAGUCCGCCGUCCUGAGUAGUCCUGUUAACACGUAAACGAGAUUAGCUCGAUUUCUUUUUCACCAAGUGUAUGGACGUUGUUUAUACUAGUUAAUAAUAGUAACUUUCAGGGAGCAUCACAGGUCAGGGAAAUCUGCUUAAAGACUAAGUGCCAUUGCUGAAUGUAAGGAGUGCCCAAAUACAACAAAAAAUAUAUGUUAGCAAAACAUUAGUUUACAUUUUUAAUGAUGUUUACAGUUGCCCCUAUCUCUUAGACGAAUCUUUCAUCCUGAUAAGUGCCAAAACAAAGAGUUAAACCUGAAUACUUUUAAUGUACACAGCUGUACAACUUAAUUGCCUUGAUGUGUCCGUGAAAACACAGGAUAUUGAAAUAAUCGGACAGAAACGAGAAGCCAUUUUGUUUGUCACUUGCUAUGAAAAUGUCUAUUUUUGAAGGAAGCCACAAAAGGGAACAUUUGCCUUGUUAAUAUCUGACAGUUUUUUUAAUUUCCUGUUUACACAAUUGUAUGUUGCCUGCAUUGUCAGCUUUUGGAUUGUUUAACGUAUUGUUCAGGUUUUCCAGCUGUAUUCUGGACACAAGCGCUGCAUGUUGAGAAAAUAUGUGUUGUAUAACUCACCUUGAAGCUGAAAGCACAUCAAGAUAGUUAUUCUCCCCCCUCUCUCUCUCUCUCUCUCUCUCGCCAUCUCAGAGUGCGACCGUUCACUUUAGCAGACUUUGUAAACAGAUUUCACUUUCGAGACUGUUUUAAUAUAGACUCAGAUUUCAUACGUCGGAGGGCUGCUACAAGAUUAUUUGACAGCGCUGAGCAAGCUGCUUUUACAAAAUUCGGCAUUGUGCGGUGGGUUGAGUCAGCGUGAAAAAAAUAGCAGUGUUAGUCAUGUAAAGAUGAUGCCCACCUUGGAAGCUCGAGUCCGUGUCAUCAUUCUCUUCCUGCUAAUCGCUGUCCCACUUAACGCUUCCGCUGCGAGCGUCCCGGGCCCCUCCAGAAAUGGGCCCAUCACUAUCACCCCGACUCCCAACCCAAGAUCUCAGGGCAGGAGCUUUAUGUACCCCCUUGCUAAAAACAGCGGUAGCAUGCGAGGGAAGUCCAUGAAUCGUCGGCCAAAGCAGCCAGCUGGAGUGGCAGAAAUGCCCCUCAGGCCGCUGCCUCAAAUAAUGCUGCCAAAGAAUGUAACGACUGAUAAACUGAAGGCCCCUUUUGGAGCGGCUCAGGUAGCUCCGCCUCCUCGCAAGCUGGUGGAAGUGGACGUGUGUCGAGGUUAUUAUGAUGUCAUGGGGCAGUAUGACCUCACCUUUAACUGCUCCAAGGACGACUUCAUCUACUGCUGUGGGACCUGCCAUUAUCGAUUCUGCUGUCCCGACCGCUCCCGAAGGCUGGACCAGAGCAUCUGCCACAACUACCAAUCCCCGGUGUGGGCCAAUACAGCGCCCCCUGUGACCAGGUCCCCAGCACCAGGCCUGCCUGACCAGAGCCGCAUCGAACAGAGCAACAACACCGUCUACGUCAUUGGUGGAGUCAUAUCGUUUACAGUAGCGGUGGCGGUGGCCAUUAAGGUGGCGUUUCACAAGGCAUCACGGCAGCCCAGGAACAGGGAACUGAACAUGCCCAGGGCUCUUGUGGAAAUGUUGCGUCACCAGUCGAGUCCAGUACAGGAAGGAGAGAGAAACAACAGUGUAGCUUUGGGAACUGGAGGAGGAGAAGGGACGCUUGGACGACCCCCGAAAAAUCUCUAUCCCACACUACAGAAAGAUAACCGACUGGGGAAUCUGCAGCAUAACUUCAUCCACACCACAGGCUCCAGUCCCAAACACACUGCCACAAUCGAGCGUGCACCACGUAUGAACAACAUGCAGCUGGCCAUGGGUGGCACACUGAAGCCCAGUAAGCAUACUAACGCCAUGAAGCCCCAGCCGUCCUUCCAUCAAUCCCUACAUAACCUGGCUCAGCUGCCGCCCUCGUACGAAGCCGCCAUGAAGCCUGAAAUCAACAGAUACUCGUCUCUCAAGCGUCUCGAAAAAGGAGGAUUGGAGGAAUAUUCAGGUUACUGUACCACCAAGCGAAGGCCCAACAACGCCCGUCCUGACUUUCAUUCCUCUCAGCAUCACCUUCCCUGGGGUGGUGACUACACUCUGGGUGGAAGAGGCACGCUUCCUACCCAUGCCCCCCGUCCUCGAAUACCUCACCCACAGUCAGCCCCAAGCCAUACCCCCAAUCCUUACCCUCUGGAUCCACCAGAGUCAAAGAAAAACCCAAAUUAUGAUACGUUGUCUAAACCGCCACGACGCGUCAAGUCAACGGACCAACUUCUUGCCCUUGCUGAUGGCAGCACCUUAUCAAGGGUCCCGAAAAACCAGCAGCACCAGUACUACAAAGGCACAUCAUCCAAGAACUCCAACAACCAGAACACCUUGAAGAAGUCCAAGGAGAGGCUGCUCAUGUCGCCAGAACACCUCGAGGAAGAGAUUGGCGGGGUUGAUUAUGACGGAAGCACGAUGGGUAUGGGAAUGAGCGACUACCAGGGUGGAGGAGGAGGCGGAAUGGUGCCCACCCUUCCCCGUGUUAGCCAUCAGAAAGCUCAGUCGCAGCAGAAUGUUUGCGCUACGCCAUCACUCGACCGUCACCACAUGAUCAAGAUGAACUCGCACCCAACAUCGGGGCGAGAGCAAGAGCGGAAUUCAGCGGCAAUGUCAGGCCACCUGGGUGGAGGUGGGGCUGGAGGAGUGGGAUGGGGCGACAUGCCAGGAACGGGGGUGGUUAUGGGAACAGGGACUCUUGGUGGACACAGUGCCAGGAGGCUUGCAUUUGCAGCUAAAAGGCAAAAUACCAUUGAACAACUUCACUUCAUCCCCGGCGGAGGGGGAAGUGGAGGAGUGGCAUCGAAUCAAGGGGUUAGAACAGGAAGCAAGAAUGAGGUUACUGUGUGAGCAAGAGGAGGGAAUGGAGAAGAUGGCUGAGGGAUAGACUGUGUGAAGAGUUGGAGGAUGGUAGAGGAACUGUGGGAGAGAGAGAGAGAGUUAGAGUGGGCGGAAGAGGGAGAGGAAUAACGAGAGAAGAGAGAAAAGGAGUAGGAGGAUGGUAAAGGAAUCAGAGAAACAGAUUUUGAAGUCGGGGGGCCAUGAAGUGGGAGAAACUAGACAGAGAGCGAAGUGGCGCCAUAUUUUUACAGAUAUAUAUUGUAUAUAGUGGCAAAUGCUCGAGAUAAGAUUAGAUAACAGCAGUUAUAAGUCAGGUUUGAUAGAGCUUCAACGUUGUUGUGCUUUUUAUGUUCAUGAAAUUGCCGCUACAAUUAUGAUCAAAGCUGCCAUAUUAUACAACUAUUUAUUUGUGUAAAGUUUGCCUAUAAACCUACCGCAUAGAAUAUCAAUAGUGUAAUAUAAAUUCCACAUGAUGUGACUGACAUUUUUCAUAUCUUUACGUCAUAUGUUUUUAAUCCUCAGAUAUUUCACAUUAUUACAUAUAUAUAGCUGCUAUGGAGCCAUAUAUUUUAGAGAACGACUUUCAUCUUCUUACUAUGGGAGACAAUAAUUAGAGGAACUAGUUGAAGGAGGAGCGCUCAUCCCAAUUGAAGAAGUGUAAAGCUACUUACAGUUGGACAAAUGUAAUGCUGGAUCUUAUCUCUUUUUAAACCCUAAUCCACUUUGACAUAAUGAGGAAGUGCAGCAGGGUUUUUACAAUAUACGUCAAAAUGAACAAUGAUGGGAGCACAUUCAUAAACUCGAAAGAAUUUGAUGAACUCAUUUUGUACGCUGCGAGACAGAGAAAGCAAGCCUUAUCAUACGUUUAUUCGCCUGCAUCUUAUUCCGUGUGAAUUUAACACAGAUGUACCAAGUGAGUAUCUGUUCAGUUUGUUUUGUUGGGAAAUAUUACACAAUGAGUUUUAAAUCCUCAAGUUUGCCCUUCAGUACAUAACUGGAGAUCGCUUUGAACUAUCGACGAAAGCCAUUCUGGGACACUAUCGGACAGAAAAGCCCAAAUGAAAACCAAGAGAAAUGUCUGACAAUCAUCUUUCUUCUCCAUCUUAAAAAGACUCAUUAAUGAUCAAUGGCACCUUGUUUGGAUUCUGAGCCACCACUUUCUACAAAGUCCAAGUGCUAGGAUUUGUAAGGGAGAUUCAACAUGAGGGACGCUGGACUACCAAAAGCACAAAAAUAAUACAUUUGAUUCCAGUGAUGCUGGGUAUUUUUGCCCCUAGGUAUACUGUGUAGACAAACGGUUCACCUUAAGCUAUUAAAUACGGAUCUGAGAUGAAGAAACUAACUCAAGAGUAAGGGCACUCAUCAAUAUAUUUGUACGUAAUAAUAUUCUGGCAUAAAAUGUGCGCAUAACAUGGCAGUAUCAUUAUCUCGCUCAGGUGUGGGUUGGCAUUUGCAUAAAGACAAACCUCCUGGACUGCUUUUUGAAUCUCCAUGAUGAAGCCAUGUGUAUAUGCUGUUAAAACUGAGACUCUCUCUGCGAACAGUCUUGAGGAUACGAGCAUGCCAAAACAGUUAACCUGUAUGUUUUGAAUCUGUUAUUACCCAGAUAUGAGCACAACACUUCAUACCUGGUCUCUUCAUAACCAAUAACGCUUAUCAAUAUUAAGGGCUAUACAACACACAUGCGUUAGUGGUGCAGAUGUUACAGACAGCUUACACAUUAUAUAAUGAUAAUAACAGCAUUAUUUACAACAACAACAACAAAAGAUGUUAAUGUAGUAAGUAAAUAGUACAAUUAAAAGUGUGAGAUUGUUCGCAAAAGAGCCAGAUAUUUAAUUAUUCUAUGGUUCUGACCUCUGGGAAAUAACGCAGGUGUCGGGAACUCAUUUUACCAAUGAAAAGGAAUUUAUUUACAUUGUAAAACCACCAACUUCAUUUUUUUUUUUGGUCAUAUACUUUAUACCUCUUGGUUGAUUUUUCAGUGUAAUGAACUUGAAUAGUAUACCCUACGGACUAUUUAUGCCUCCCAGUUAAAGUGUAAAGGAGUAGUUUAUAUCACAUCAGCAUCCGGAGGAUUGGUGGUAACACAUUCAUUUACCUUUUCACUGGAACUAGUGUGUAUCUUAAUGAAAUAUGAAUACAACUUAAAGACAAUCUUCCUAACAGCUCUGUAAUACAUUGGUGUUUGUUAUUGUCAUUACUAUGACAGUUAAUAUUAUGGUUAUUGGUGAAAAUUUCUUCUUGUUGUUAUGGUUCUCUUAUGAUUAUGAUGGUGAUUUUUUUCCUCUGUGGUUUUAGUGUUAACUUGUUUUAGAUAUCUUUCUCAUGAAAUUCUUUUGGAAAUUAUGAGUAGAAAAAUAGAAGCACAAACUUUAAAGCCACUCAUUGUGUGCCGAUUCUUCAUGCAUUCCUAAUGAUGAGGAGUGCCUUUGAAAAAAAUCUCAGUGUGAUGUCACAUUGUAAUCGUUUUAAGCCUGCAAAUGUCAUUACUCAUUGCAGAUACAUCACAAUGGGUUUAUAAAUGAUGAUGAUGUCAUAGGAUGUAUGUUGUAUGUGUGUAACCGAAUGUCUUCUUCUUCUUUUCUUUUUUUGUUGAUUAAGUGAAAUUUCAACUUCUUAAUGUUUCUUUCAGGGACAGUUAGAACAGAUGAAUUGAUUUAGUAUUUUCUUUGUCAUAAAAAGUCUGUAGCAAUGUCUGUUUUGUAUCCACAAGCCAUAAUUAUGAAAAUGUUUAUGAAAUCUAUUCACAAGGCAUAUUACUGCAGAAAAUAUCAAACAUUGGAUGUGCAAAUAAAGCCCUGAAGCAUUUUAAAAGUUUGGUAGCUUACAAUGGAAUGUGCAAUUGUUGCACAAGCAAAGCGGGACGAUGAAGACUGAAACCCUUUGGGAAAACAGCACUGAGCUCAUGUCUUGAAACGCUCGAGCACAGAAGCAGAACGGAUGUUUGGGUAAAUCGCUUCAGAUCAAGCAUUACCCCCAUGAUGUUUACACACACUUUCUAUUAUAUCAAAUCCCCUCAAGUCAGAAAUAUUUAAAUACUGCAUCCUCCACAUAAUUUCACCUUUGUAAAAUAAAGUCAACUGAUGAAA